GAGCUCUGCAGCUGUCCAGGAGUCCUUUCUGCUCCCUCUGGGCACCACAGUGUUGCCCUGUAGUUGACCUCCAGAUAAGGGAACUGUCACUGCACGUUAGCCCCAAGAUUACCAUUUGCCACCUCAAUUGGAAAAGUCCACUGAAGAUUGCAAUUAUGGACUGUUCCCAAUAAUAGGAGACAAUUGGAAUAUUAAGGAAGGCAGCACACGGCUAGAAAUGAAAAAUCUCUGGCAUUGGAAAGAACUGGGUGGGAAUCCUGGUGUCCCCACUUUCCAACUGCAUGACUGAUUUGGGGACAGGCCACCCACCUACUACUAUGACCCUUAGAGUCAUGAGGAGGAAAGAUAAUGUCGGAAGGCAGUUAGCCUAGCACCUGGCAAAAGUAGGGGCAGGAAGGGGCAGGAAAUUGGAAUGUGGGUGCUUCUGGGUGUCAGGAAGGAUAGAUGGAAGCCUGAAAGGAAAGGGGACUGGGCAGAAAGACAGUAAAGGAAAUAUGCCAUCCUGGCUUUGCACAAAGAAGUGGACAUUGUGUGUCUGCCUUGUGUAGCCCAGAAGGCCUGGUGGUGCCCCACUGAGUGCCACAGUUGGUAGGGUAGGCUGGCACUCCCCACUCCCACUUGGGGUUGGCAGCUUCUAGAAGGCUAGUCUCGCCCUUUUUUCCUGCUCUGAUUAACACUAGGAUGGUGGGCCUGGUAGGGAGGGGGAGACAGAAGUCCCCACAGUUCACACCCACCUGAACCUAGUAACAAAAUGAAGCUGCCCAAACAAAGCAACCAUCUGUCUAGGGGCCAGGCUAGGAAAUGAGUGCUUUUGUGGGUCUUAGCCCAGAAAGGAGGGGUGAUUGUGAGGAAGGAGAGAGUGACAGGGAAGCUUGGCAGCAGGGAGGCUGUCCCCCUGUCCCUGCAUUUCUUUUGGUUUCUGCCUCUAGCCCCUCCAUUUAGCCAGAGAACCUACUCUGGGCUGGACACCAGGCUAGGGGACUGGUAUUAUCCUGGCUCCUGGAGAAAGACCUCCUGGUCCCUUGGUCCCUGCCUCCUGCCAUCCUCAGCUCCCUGUCCCACCGACCCCUUGCCCUACUUCUUUAAACCCUUGUCUCUUCUGCCCUCAGACUUUGUUCUAUUCAUGUCUUCACCAGACUCCGCAGUGUGUGUGCUCCCAGAGGGAAGCGAUGUGGGUCGGGGGCAGAAAAGAGGGAAUCCCGCUGACAUCACUGCUCAUUAGCAUGUGUGACCUCAUCAGGGGGCGGGACAAUUUCCCCAGGUGUCUGGGGGGGGGUUGUGGGGGGGUGGUAUUUAAAGGGAAAAGCUGACAGUGCUGCUGAGUGAGGGCGCGGGUGCUGCGAGUCGCGGGCUGCACACCCACACGCACACCGAUGCAUACGGACCUGGACAACGACAUGGACAUGGACACGGAAACCACAGCACUCUGCCCCAUCGGCAGCCACCAGGCCUCCCCCCCAGGGACGCCCACACCAGAAGCGGACACCACACUGCUGAAGAAGCCAGAGAAACUGUUGGCAGGGUUGGACCGGGGUGGGCCACCCCCUGCCCCAGGGGCCCCCAGACGAAGAGGCAGUAUGCCUGUCCCCUACAAGCACCAGCUGCGGAGGGCCCAGGCUGUGGAUGAACUUGACUGGCCACCUCAAGCCUUAUCCUCUGGCUCCUCUGACUCCUUGGGCUCAGGGGAGGCAGCCUCCACCCAAAAGGACGGCAUCUUCAAGGUCAUGCUGGUAGGGGAGAGCGGAGUGGGCAAGAGCACCCUAGCAGGCACUUUCGGUGGUCUCCAGGGAGACAGUGCUCAUGAGCCAGAGAACCCAGAGGACACCUAUGAGAGACGCAUCAUUGUGGAUAAAGAGGAAGUGACUCUAGUUGUUUAUGACAUCUGGGAACAGGGGGACACAGGAGGGUGGCUGCGGGACCACUGCCUUCAGACCGGGGAUGCCUUUCUCAUCGUCUUCUCAGUCACGGACAGACGAAGCUUCUCCAAAGUUCCAGAAACCCUACUUCGGCUCCGGGCUGGGAGGCCCCACCAUGACCUGCCUGUCAUCCUCGUUGGAAACAAGAGUGACCUAGCUCGCUCCCGGGAGGUCUCACUGGAGGAGGGCCGCCACCUGGCAGGGACAUUGAGCUGCAAGCACAUCGAGACGUCGGCUGCACUGCACCACAACACGCAGGAGCUGUUCGAGGGCACAGUGCGCCAGAUCAGGCUGAGGCGGGGCCGGAGCCAUGCUGGGGGCCAGCGGCCAGAAUGGGGCGGCCCGGAGGGUCCCGCGCCACCCACGCGCCGGGAGAGCCUCACCAAGAAGGCCAAGCGCUUCCUUGCUAACCUGGUGCCACGCAACGCCAAAUUCUUCAAGCAGCGCUCCAGGUCGUGUCAUGACCUCUCUGUGCUCUGAGCCACCGUCGCCAUGGUCACCGCGGUCGCCAUGGUCACCAAUCACCACUCUCUCCGCUCGCCCCCUAGCCCCGCCCCGCCCCAUCCCCGUCCGGCUUCCUUCGUGAAGACCGUCUAGGAAACCAAAAACUCCCCGGACGCCCUUUUGUGACCACGGCGGUCACCCCACACCCGCGUUCUCUGGAUAAACCCCGACCAUAGGGCGCCUAGGAGGCAAGAUGCAGACCCUGGGUGGGCGUGCUGCGGCCCGUGGGCGGGGCGGGUUCCAGCAAGGUGGAAGGAAAAUCGUUCUGCAAGGUAUUUUGUUUUUAAUUACUUCGCGUUUGACCACCUCUGCUGUAAAGAGAUUCUAAAAAAUGAGAACUGGAAAAGGGCUUUGUAGACGCCUUUACAGGGUUUUCCACCUUUGUACUCUGCGCGAAUAUGCCUCACCUUUAAGAGAGUCUUAAAGGUAAAGACACAGAGACCCUUCUUGGAGACUUCCUAAAACGUUCUGGCUCUUAUCUGCUGCACUGUCCACUUUGCCUUUAAGAAGUUCUUAAAUUCACUGGAAGUGCAAUUUUUGAUAAUUGAUUCUAUGAUUUAUCGUUACACCAUCGCACUUUCCCUUUAAGGCUAUUAAAGGUAAAGUGUGGACAGACUUUUGCCUUCAGAUGCCAGUGUGAGGAGCUGAGCGGGUGGUAACCCUCCUUUGGCCAGGACCCAGGAGGCACUAGCAAGGGGCCACCCUUCCCUUUUCAAUAAAGAAUUUUCUACUU